AUGUUUCCAUCUUCUCUUGGAAAAUUGGGCAGGCGGCCAGUGCAUCUUACUGAUGGAGCAGAGGAAUUGAUUAGCGGUCUGACUAAGAAUCUUCAAGUAUGUAUGUGCAUGUCAAUGUUGCGUUUAAUGAAUGAUCUCAAUCCUUUGAAGCAAAUCACAGGAUGACAAGAUCGACAAAGCAGAAGUUGCGAAACGCGAUAUCGAUAGCCCAAUGACUUUUGGUGCGCUCUUUUGUCACAGCGUAGGUGGUUGA